AAAUUUGGGACCCCCCGGAGCUUUGGGGACCCCCGGGAAUUUUGGGAGGGCCACCAUGAGCCGCCCCCUGAUGCUGCUGCUGCUGCUGCCGCCAGGAAUUCUGGCCGCCUCCUGGGCCGCCUGGAUGCCCCCAUCCAUAUCAGGCCUGUCGGGCUCCUGCGCCUCCAUCCCGUGCCGCUUCUCGUUCCCCGAGGAGCUGCGGCCGGGCUCGGUGCAGGGGCUGUGGUACCUGGGCAGCCCCUACCCGCGGCACUACCCGCCCGUGGUGGCGCGCUCCCGGCCCGGGGCGGUCCACGAGAGUUUCGCGGGGCGCGCGCGGCUCGUGGGGGACCCGGCGCUGCGGGACUGCUCGCUGGAGCUCGGGCCGCCGCUCAGCGCCGAGCUCGCCGGCCGCUACUACUUCAGGGCAGAUCUGGGAGGCUACAACCAGUACAGCUUCAGCGAGCAUGCCGUGCUCCAGGUGCUCGAGGAGCCGGUGCUGGAGGUGCCCCCCGAGGUCGUGGCGGGCGCUCCGGCCGAGCUGCGGUGCCGCGUGCCGGACUCGUGCCCGCGGCAGCGGCCGCGGCUGCGCUGGGAGGGCGCCCAGGAGCUUCCGGAAGUUUCCGAGCGCGAGUGGCGCGAGGACGCGGCGGGCGCGGGCGCGGUGGUGGCGCGGCUGCGGUUCCGGCCCCGGCGGCAGGACGGCGGCCGCAGGUUGGGCUGCCAGGUGACCCUGCCCAACUCCAGCCUGGCCUUCAGCGCCGGCGUGGCGCUGGACGUGCAGUACGAGCCGCAGGUGCUGGAGGUGUCGGGCCCGGCCGAGGCCCUGGAGGGUUCGGAGGUGCACCUGGGCUGCAGCGCCGAGGGCCGCCCCGCCCCGCUGCUCACCUGGUUCCGGGGGCCGCAGGUGCUGCGGGAGGAGCCGGGGGCGCCGGCGCUGCCGCUGCACCUGCCCCAGGUGAGCCCCGAGGACAGCGGCACCUACACCUGUGUGGCCGAGAACCGGCACGGCCGCCACAACCGGAGCCUGGAGCUGCAGGUGGCAUACGCCCCACGCCCGCCGGUGUUGAACGGCUCGCUGUGGGUGCUGGCAGGUGAGCAGGUGCGCCUCACCUGUGCCGCCCUCAGCCACCCCGCGCCCAUCCUGACCGUGACCCGCGGGCGCCGCCCGGUGGCCACGGCCGUGUACGAGCCGCAGGUGAGGCUGGAGCUGGCGGCCGCCGCACCUGAGGACGCGGGAGAGUACCUGUGCCGGGCCGAGAACCAGCACGGGCACAGCAGCCUGGCCUUCAACCUCACCGUGGAGUACCCCCCGGUGCUGCUGCCGGAGUCGCGCUGCGCCCCCGCGGGGGAGGGGCUGGCCAGGUGCGUCUGCGCCGCCGCGGCCGUUCCGGCACCUUCCGUGGCCUUCGAGCUGCCCUGGCUGAACGUCACCGUGGCCGAGGGUCACCGGGACUUCGCGCUCACCUGGAGCUCACCUGGCGCCGUGCGGGCGGCGCUGACGCUGCGCGGGGGCCUGGAGCCGCGGCUGGCCGUGCUCUGCGCCGCCCGCAACGGCCACGGCGCCGCCAGGAUGCAGCUGCGGUUUCAUCAUCCGGCGGGGCUGGUGUGGGCCAAGGUGGGCCCCGUGGGCGCCGUCGUCGCCUUCGCCGUCGUCAUCGCCCUCGUCUGUUACCUGAGCCAGAGCCGCCGCAAGAAGGCGUCGGGAAGCCCCGAGGUGACCCCGGUGACCCCGGCGGGGGGGCGGGACCCGGAGCCACGCCCACUGCAGGUGCGUUGGCUGCGCGGGGCCGUGGGGCGGUGGGCGCUGGGGGUGGGGGAGGGGUCGGCGGCCCCACCCGAGGCCGCCCCCCCCCCCCCCAAACCCGCCCGGGGACCCCCCGAGGAACCCCCGGAGUACGCCGAGAUCCGCGUCAAGUGA